AUAGUCUGUCAACUAACACGCCUACUUUGCCGCCAACUAGAGACGUUUGAGCUGUUUGCCCAGGAGCUCCCCUCGCAGAAUCUUGGCUUCGUCGACUCCAAGGCCUCCACAGUCGAACUGACCAUCGCUGGCCGGGAUCUUACCAUCCAUCAGUCACCUGGCGUGCUGUCAUCCAACCGUGCCGGUGGCACAACAGGAGCUGGUAAACAACUCCUCCCCCGGCCCCUUUCCGACCCCUUUCCCGCCGUCACACCGCCGUUGAUAACGCUUACAAGGCUACGGACACGUCACAUCCGAACGUCAGCCUUGCUCAUCGUCUGGAAAGUUACACCUCUCUUUGCAGAAUGGAUCAGCUCUGCAUCAUCUCUGCUUUUCCAGUCUGAGAUCCUGUCCUCGAACUCUCUCGUGUUGGAGCUAGGGUGUGGCAUCUCAGCACUGGUCGGCCUGUGCCUGGCGCCUCGUGUCAAGGGCUACGUCUUGACCGAUCAGCCUUAUGUCGCCAAGUUUGUUGAGCAAAACGUUGCCGAAAAUUCUCACAUCUCAGCCUCCUCCACUGGCAAAGGAAAGGCAAAAGGGAAGAAAACAAAGGCGACGGCGGCCAGUCACUCAAAAGACAACAAUGUCGUCUUUACUCCCUUGGAUUGGGAAACAGACGAAGCGACGCCCUCUCUUCUGACCGACCUGCCAGACACAGCAGGAAGAAAGAGCUUCGAUGCUAUCAUUGCAUGUGACUGCAUCUACAACGAAGCGCUCAUCGACCCGCUUGUGUCUACAUGCGCUGAUAUCUGCCGGCUGAGAACUCAAGAGUCUGACACCGAGGCAGAUCCCACCAUCUGUGUGGUUGCGCAACAGCUGAGGGACGAUCAAGUGUUUGAAGGAUGGCUCGCGAGAUUUAUGGAGUCUUUUCACACAUGGAGAGCUCCUGAUGAGUUGUUGCCAAAUGGGUUGAAGCCGAGCUCGGGGUUUGUGGUUCAUAUUGGGAUAUUGAAGGAGGCAUAUACCCCUUAG